AUGGUUUCCAAAAUAAAUUCUCUAUCCUUAUUUCUUUGUUUUCUCCUCUUAUUUUCCCUCUCCACAGCCAAAACACCUCCAAGACCUCGAGCUUUUCUUCUUCCAGUGACCAAAGAUGCAGCCACUAAGCAAUACGUCACUGUCAUUCGCCAAAGAACUCCCCUUUUUCCCGUAAAACUAACUGUAGAUCUUGGCCAAAGAUCCAUGUGGGUUGAUUGUGAAAAGGGCUAUGUUAGCUCAUCGUAUAAACCUGUUCCUUGUAGUUCUGUCCCUUGCGAACGUUCUUUUUCUGGUGCCUGUGUUGAAUCAUGUGUAGGUUCUCCUUCACCAGGGUGCAACAAUAAUACCUGUGCCUUUUUCCCUGAUAACCCUUUUAUUAACACCGGCUCUGUUGGUGAAUUUGCUGAAGAUGUCGUCUCCCUUCAGUUGACGGAUGGCUGCUCGAAUACAGGUAAAUUUGUAUCAGCAAAUGGAGUCGUUUUCGCUUGUGGCCCUACAUUUCUGUUAAAGGCCUUAGCUAAAGGAGUUAUAGGGAUAGCUGGAUUUAGAAAUGGUUUCAUUGGACUUCCUUCUCAAAUUGCUGCUGCUUUCCAUCUUGAUCGAAAGUUUGCUAUCUGCUUGAGUUCAUCCACAACUUCUCCCGGAGUUAUCCUCUUUGGUGAUAGUCGUUAUGUUUCUCUCCCUGGAGUAAAUGUCUCCAGGACACUUGCUUAUACGCCUCUUCUUAAGAACCAUGUUAGUACUGUGGGGUCUCAUAUUCAAGGGGAACCUUCGAUGGAGUACUUCAUUGGAGUGAAGUCCAUCAAAAUAAAUGGCAAUGUUGUGCCAAUAAACACCAAAUUGCUGACCAUCAACAAGUAUGGCAUUGGAGGAGCCAAAAUCAACACAGUUGAUCCUUACACAAAAAUGGAGACAUCCAUUUAUAAUGCAUUUACAAAAGUAUUCGUCAAAUCGCUAGCUAAGGUUCCAAGGGCUAGACCUGUGGAUCCUUUCAAGGUGUGUUAUAAUAGAACAACUUUUGGAAGCACUCGUGUUGGUCCUGGUGUUUCACCUAUUGAACUGAUAUUGGGAAAUAAAAACGCUACAUUGAAUUCUGUUUGGACUAUCAGGGGUGCAAAUUCGAUGGUGGCUGUAGAUAAUGCAGUGCUAUGUCUUGGUUUUGUAGAUGGUGGACCUGAGCCAAAAACUUCUAUAGUCAUCGGAGCACAUCAAAUUGAGGACAAUCUCUUGCAAUUUGACAUUGCUAACAAAAGGUUGGGCUUUAGCCUUUAG